AUGGACCCUAUCACCCGCUGGCACAUUGACCCCAAGUCUUCCACGAUCGAGUCGGGAAGCCAGAAGAUCUUAUCCCACAUCCCGACCACCGCCCCCAGUACGGCCGGCUCGAUGGCCAACUUCGUAGACCUAAUGCAUACCCACAUCACUCACCUAUACGAAAUGCCCGGCGACACCCUCUACUCCCGCUACACGAUAGCUUUCAAGAUCAUCCAAACGGCCGUCCGCUGGAAGUUCACCGGUACAACCUUUACACCGAACAACAUCCACGUUUCCGGCAUUUCACCUGCAGAGACCACGCGCCUUUUCCAGCCGCUGGAUACGCAGUUUAAGGGUAUACUGGAGGAAGGGUUGAUGAGGAAGGGGGUGUCUCAGAAAUACGUACCUCUCACCAUUAUCAAGGGCGCGGGCAAUGAGUACAUCCCCAUCCCCGAGGGCGAGAGCGCCAUCGUCGCAGACUUCCACUCCAUCCGCACCCAAACCACCGACUCCCCCACAUACCUGACCUCAGGCUUCUACCGCAUUAAAGCCGGCCCCACACGCAACAUCCCCACCUACGACUACGAGGAGACCAAGUACGUUCUCAACGGCCAAAUCGACGUAUUAGACGAGGCGACCGGCGUCACACACCACCUUGUUGCGGGCGACUUUGCUUUCUUCCACGUUGGCUCUAAGGCGCAGUUCUCGAGCAAAUCGGGUGGAACGGCUUUCUUUGCGGUUACUAGGCCGAUUAUCACGCAGCAUCCGGGGUUGAAGGGGAGGGAGGAGAAGGUGUUGAGUAAGUUGUAG